GCCUACGACACGCCCCUUGCUGCUCUUGCCCAACAAGCUCGGCUCGCCACAGUGCGGAGCGGCUCCUGCGCUCCCUUUGCGUUUUGUGGCUCUUGCAUCAGUGUCGAGACCUCCCUGCGGUCGCAACAGCCCGUCUCCGGGCGCCAUCGCGGCUGGCGGGGGGUGGAGCAGCGGCCGGUCCCGCCUCCAGCAGCCAGGCUAGCCCGCCAUGACGAGCGUCAGCCCCGGCGAUGCCGCAGCAGCGCAGGCCUACGCCGCCAGCCAGGCCGCCAACCAAGGCUUCACCUCCCAGUCGGCCGAGUUCUUCCUGCAAAACUACCGGCUGGGCAAGACGCUGGGCAUCGGCUCGUUUGGCAAGGUCAAGGUGGCUGAGCACAUCCUGACGGGGCACAAGGUGGCCAUCAAGAUCCUGAACCGCAAGAAGAUCAAGCAGAUGGACAUGGAGGAGAAGGUGCGGCGGGAGAUCAAGAUCCUGCGCCUCUUCAUGCACCCCCACAUCAUCCGACUGUACGAGGUGGUGGAGACGCCCAACGACAUCUACGUAGUCAUGGAGUAUGUCAAGGCGGGCGAGCUCUUUGACUACAUUGUAGAGAAGGGGCGGCUGCUGGAGGACGAGGCGCGCCACUUCUUCCAGCAGAUCAUCUCGGGGGUGGAGUACUGCCACAGGAACAUGGUGGUGCACAGGGACCUCAAGCCCGAGAACCUGCUGCUGGACAGCAAGAUGAAUGUGAAGAUCGCCGACUUUGGGCUGUCCAACGUCAUGCGCGACGGGCACUUCCUCAAGACCUCCUGCGGCAGCCCAAACUACGCGGCGCCAGAGGUCAUCUCUGGGCGGCUGUAUGCGGGGCCCGAGGUGGAUGUGUGGUCCUGCGGCGUGAUCCUGUACGCGCUGCUGUGCGGCUCGCUGCCCUUUGACGACGAGAACAUCCCAAACCUGUUCAAGAAGAUCAAGGGAGGCAUCUACACGCUGCCCAGCCACCUGAGCCCGGGGGCGCGGGACCUCAUCCCGCGCAUGCUCCUGGUGGACCCGCUGAAGCGCAUCACCAUCCCUGAGAUCAGGCAGCACCCCUGGUUCACGGUGCACCUGCCGCGCUACCUGGCGGUCAUGCAAGCCGACCCGGUGGCGGCGGGGACGCACGUGGACGAGGACAUUGUGAGGGAGGUGGUGCGCCUGGGCUUCUCCCGCGACUUUGUGGCGGAGAGCCUCAAGACGCGGCAGCAGAACAAGGCCUCGGUGGCUUACUACCUGAUGGCCGACAACCGCCGCCGCAUGCCCUCCUCCGCCUACCUCAAAGAGGAGAUGACGGAGGCGACAGAUGCCGCGCUGCAGUACCCCUCGGGCAUGAUGGCCACCAGCCGCAGCAACACCAGCCUGCAGCCCGCGCCGCGCUUGGUGGUGGAGCGGCGCUGGCGCCUGGGCCUCAGCUCCAGGGCGCACCCGUCCAGCAUCAUGCAGGCAAGCAGCAGUACAGCAGAAUUGUACCGCACGCUGCAGUACUGCGGGGUGGCGUGGAAGAAAAACGGGCCCUACAACCUCAAGUGCCGCGCCAUGCUGCGCCUGCGCGCGCCGCCGCCCGGCGACAUGGACGGCGGCGGCGGCAGCGGCUCGCAGGCGGCGCUCAGCCGGCAGCUCAGCGGCGUGGCGUCUGACGACGGCAUGGCUCUCGACGACCCCUCGCCCUCCCAGGCCGCAGGCGGCGGCCCGCUCUCCAUGGCCGUGGCAGCAGAUGACGCUCGCAUGGACGGCGUGGCGCCCGGCGUGCGGCGGCCGUCGGGCGCGGCGGCCGCGGCCGAGGCGGCGGCGCAGGAGCGCGAGGUCAAGUUUGAGGCCCAGCUGUACAAGAUGAGGGAUGGGGAGUACUCGCUGGACUUCCAGCGCCUCUCUGGCGACCUCUUCCUCUUCAUGGACACCUGCAGCUCCAUGCUGUCCGUGCUGCGGCUGUAGGGCCCCAGGCGUGCACACCACCCCACCAGCAGCCCUCGGCUGCAGCCACGGCGGCGACCGCCGCAUCAGCAGCCCCCCAUGGUUGCACCAAGCCCUGCGCCCACAUGUGCCAGGCAGCUUUUCCCAGCCCCUGCCACCCUGUGCUCUCCCCACCUCCCUUAGUGUGCAGUUUUCCCCUAGUUUUGCGUCGCUGCUUCUCCUCCCCCGCUCAUUUUGUCAAUUUCCUGCUAGCAUUUGCUGGUGCUUGGGUGCACUUGGAGCACUGCCCAAAUUUUCCGCUCCCAUGCGCAGCAGACAGCUUCCAUGUGAGCAUUC